UGACACGUCACGAAGGUCAGGAACGAACUGAUGGAAAAAUGGCGAGCACCUACAACACCUUCAAUCUACACACGACUGCGGAGAAGUUCUACAUCGAGGCGUGUGACGAUGGAGCUGGAGACGUCCUCGCCAUCGACCGCGUGUCCACAGAAGUGACCCUCGCAGUGAGGAAGGACAUCCCUCCGUCAGCAGUGACGCGUCCGAUGUGUGGCAUCAUGGGAACCAUUCGGCUGGUGGCAGGCAUGUAUCUCAUCGUCAUUACAAAGAAGAAGAAGGUGGGUGAUCUGCUCGGUCACGCCAUCUGGAAAGCCACUGACUUUGACAUCGUCUCCUACAAGAAGACGGUCCUGCAUCUGACUGAUACUCAGAUGCAGGACAACAAGGCCUUCUUGUCUAUGAUCAACAGCGUCUUGAAUACAGACGGUUUCUUCUUCGCCACAGACUACGACCUGACGCACACAUUACAGCGGCUGGCUAACACCAGCCCCGAGUUUCAGGAGAUGACUCUGCUGGAGCGCGUGAGAGAGAUAUCUGUCAUAAAACAUAUCAUAAUCCUAUCUCCGCUCUCAGUCAUCACCAUGAAGUCGUGCUGCAUCAACGGCAAAAUCUUCGACUGGAACAUAAUUUCUAGGAGGAGCUGUUUCCGCGCUGGCGUCCGCUACUACAUCAGAGGUAUUGACUCUGAAGGUCAUGCAGCCAACUUUGUUGAGACGGAACAGAUUGUUCAGUAUAAUGGAGCAAAAGCCUCAUUUGUUCAGACUCGAGGAUCGAUCCCGUUCUACUGGUCUCAGAGACCAAACCUGAAGUACAAACCAAAGCCGCAGAUCAGCAAAAGCGUCAAUCACCUGGAUGGUUUUCAGAGGCAUUUCGACUCUCAGAUCAUCACAUACGGCAAACAAGUGAUUUUGAACCUGGUGAAUCAAAAGGGCUCAGAAAAGCCGCUGGAACAGGCCUUCGCGAAGAUGGUGGACAGUCUGGGCAACGGCAUGAUCAAGUACGUUGCGUUUGACUUCCACAAGGAGUGCAGCCGUAUGAGGUGGCAUCGCCUGCAGAUCCUGGUGGACAUGGUGGCGGAAAUACAGAAUGAGUUCGGCUACUUCCUGGUGGAUUCGGACGGGACGGUGCAGUUACAGCAGGACGGGACGUUUAGAAGCAACUGCAUGGACUGUUUGGACCGAACCAACGUAAUCCAGAGUCUGCUGGCGCGCCGCUCGCUGCAGUCGCAGUUAGAGAGGAUAGGAGUUCUUCAUGUGGGCCAGCGGAUUGAAGAACAGGCGGAUUUUGAAAAAAUAUACAAGAACGCAUGGGCAGAUAAUGCCAACGCCUGUGCCAAACAGUACGCCGGGACCGGAGCCCUGAAGACCGACUUCACACGGACAGGGAAGAGAACGCAGUGGGGUUUGCUGAUGGACGGCUGGAACUCCAUGAUCAGAUACUACAAGAACAACUUCUCAGACGGUUUCAGACAGGACUCCAUUGACCUGUUUCUGGGUAACUAUGCAGUGGAAGAGGCAGAUAUGAACACUCCUCUACAUGAGCCCAAAGACUGGAAGUUCCUCACGCUGCCGAUUAUCAUGGUGGUUGCUUUCUCAAUGUGCAUCAUAUGUCUCCUGAUGGCUGGUGACACCUGGACCGAGACGCUGGCGUAUGUGUUGUUCUGGGGCUCGGCGAGUGUGGUGACGGCCGGCGUGAUUCUCUUCAACGGCCGGGACUUCGUCGACGCGCCCAAACUGGUGCAGAAGGAGAAGAUGGACUGAACCUGCGUGU